GUUUAAGAUGCCCGCGGAGGCGAUACCGAAGGACGCUGCGUACCAGAUCAUCAAUGACGAGCUGAUGCUGGACGGGAACCCGCGGCUGAACCUGGCGUCGUUCGUGACGACGUGGAUGGAGCCGGAGUGCGACAAGCUCAUCAUGGCCUCCAUCAACAAGAACUAUGUCGACAUGGACGAGUACCCCGUCACCACCGAGCUCCAGAACCGCUGCGUAAAUAUGAUCGCGCACCUUUUCCAUGCUCCAAUUGGAGAGGAAGAAACCGCAGUAGGCGUUGGAACUGUCGGAUCCUCAGAAGCUAUAAUGCUGGCAGGAUUAGCAUUCAAGAGAAAGUGGCAGAACAAAAGAAAGGCCGAGGGAAAGCCUCACGACAAACCUAACAUUGUCACCGGCGCCAAUGUUCAGGUUUGCUGGGAGAAAUUUGCGAGGUACUUCGAAGUCGAACUAAAGGAGGUUAAGUUAAGGGAGGGAUAUUAUGUAAUGGACCCUGAGAAGGCUGUGGAAUUGGUCGACGAGAACACUAUCUGUGUUGCGGCCAUCUUGGGUUCAACUCUCAAUGGGGAGUUUGAGGAUGUAAAGCGGUUAAACGAUCUGCUCACAGCGAAAAAUAAGGAAACAGGGUGGGACACGCCUAUCCACGUCGAUGCUGCGAGUGGAGGAUUCAUAGCACCUUUCCUGAAUCCGGAGCUGGAAUGGGAUUUCCGACUUCCCCUAGUCAAGAGCAUUAAUGUCAGCGGCCACAAAUACGGGCUCGUCUACGCAGGUGUCGGUUGGGUCAUCUGGAGGAGGAAGGACGAUCUGCCCGAAGAGCUCAUUUUCCAUAUUAACUAUCUUGGAGCAGAUCAGCCUACAUUCACUCUCAACUUCUCUAAAGGUUCGAGUCAGAUAAUUGCACAAUACUAUCAGUUUAUUCGGUUGGGCUUCGAGGGGUAUAAGGACAUCAUGGAGAACUGCAUGGGGAACGCAAAAGUCCUAAGGGAAGGAAUAGAGAACACCGGCCAAUUCGAAAUCGUCUCGAAGGAAUCCGGCGUGCCGUUGGUUGCUUUCGCUCUCAAGGACAGCAGCAAGUACACCGUCUUCGACAUCUCGGAGAAUUUAAGAAGGUUCGGCUGGAUCGUGCCUGCGUACACCAUGCCGCCUGAUGCGGAGCGCGUGGCCGUCCUCCGCGUGGUGAUCAGGGAGGACUUCAGCCGCAGCCUCGCAGAGCGGCUGGUCGCCGACAUCCAGAAGGUGUUGCAUGAGCUCGAGGAUCACGCGAAUAAGAUAGCGAAGAUCGUGAAUGUCAGCGUGCAGGAAAAGCCAGCCGGCACGAUGGUCAAGAAGAGUGUUCAGGAGAUGGAGAAGGAUAUCACAAAGUAUUGGCGGAAACUGGUGGACCGCAAGAAAACCAGUGGAGUUUGCUAGUUGUGGAGUGCUUUUUAGGGAUUACACUGGUGUGUUGCUAUGGUGUAUCCGUGUAUGUUUGUGUGAGUGUUAGUGUGAAUAGUGGUGAUUGCUGAUGGCUAGACUCUUCCCUGCCAGUCCAUCAGCUUUACUGCUGUGUGUUGUGCCUUCUGAAUAAAUGUCAGUCUGCUACAUGUUGCAUCUGUUUUGAUCACCUGUACUCUCUCUUCUUAGGAGCUCUUGUAGUAUAGUGCUGUUAUGAAAUUUCUGCGGAAGUACUGUUUUAGAGUGGAACUGUUCAAAAAGAUAGUAGAGCUUUUGUA